AUGACCCUGAACGGGCAGCGCGGGGGCCGGAGCCCGGUGCACCGGAGGGCCAGCAGCCCGCUGCCGCUGCUGCCCCAGACGUGGGCCGGGGCGCCGGGCGCGAGGCCGCGGGCCGAGGCCGGAUGCCCCCAGCUCGGGCCGUGCCCGUGCCCCGAGGCGGGCGGCAGGGCUGCGGGGUGCCGCGGCAGCUGGUCCUCCGACUCGUCCGGCUCCGCGGGCGCCCGGGAGCCCCCGUACCGCGUGGUGCUGCUGGGCGACCCCGGCGUGGGCAAGACCAGCCUGGUCCAGCUCUUGGCUGGCGUGCAGGAGCGGGACCCGCCGGAGCAGCGCGGAGCUGGGUGCCCCGACGCGUACGAGCGCACGCUGUGCAUGGACGGCGAGGAGACUGCGCUGCUCGUGACGGACCCCUGGGAGCCGGAGAGGCGGGGCGAGGAGAGCCGUCCCGGCGGCCGGUGCCUGCAGGCCAGGAACGCCUACGUCGUCGUCUACUCCAUCAUGGACCAGGGCAGCUUCGAGAGCGUCUCCAAGCUGCGCGUCCAGCUGCGCCGCGGCCGGCGGGCCCAGGACGUCCCCAUCAUCCUGGUGGGCAACAAGACCGACCUGGCGCGCUGCCGGGAGGUCUCGGUGGAAGAGGGCCGUGCCUGCGCCACGGUCUUCGGCUGCAAGUGCCUCGAGACGUCGGCGGUGCUGCAGCACAACAUGGCUGAGCUCUUCGAGGGGGUGGUGCGGCAGAUCCGCCUGCGCCGGGGGGGCGGCGGGCGCCCCACAGCCGCCCCCCCAUGCAAGGGGAGCCUGGCAGCGCGGGCCCGGUGCUUCCUCGACAGGCUGGUCACCGGGAACGGCAGGAAAGCGGCGCUCAGGGUCUGCUCCAAGUCCUGCCACAACCUGUCCGUGCUGUGA